AUGAGAACUGAAUUCCUCAAACGACAGGUUACAACUAAUGAUAAUGAUGAUAACGAGUCUGUUGCUGGAAGUGUCAUAAGUUCUAAAGAAAUCUCAUAUGAACAUCAAAUUUCUCAACUUUUAAACUUUAUUAAGUUAGAAGUAGAAUCAAUUGAACAGGCUAAAGUUUUGGAAGAUGAGCCUAAAAGCAGCGGACAUUUUAACGAAUACGCGUUUUCGGUCGGGAUUAACGUGGCGAACAUUUUACACGUACAGUGCGAGCUCGAUUGUGAGACUGUUGGUAACGGGUUAGAAAACUUUUGGACUCUUGAAACAAUCGGGAUAAACAAUGAUAACGUGACGGACAAAUCUCAUACAAAACACUUUUUAGAUGAGAAUAUAACUUUUGAAAACGAUAGAUAUUGUGUUGCCAUGCCUUGGAUAGAGCCAAACGUACGGGUUGAUUCUAACUUUAACGGUGCCUUCAAUAGGCUAAAGUCAUUAACGCGCAAACUCAACGAACGCGGCAAACUUCGGGAAUACGAUUGUGCGAUGCGUGAAUACAUGAACAAUGAUUGUGCCGAACUUUUACCGGAAGUGACAAAUGACAUUCGAAUUUAUUUUAUGCCGCACCGGGCGGUAUAUCGGGAUGACAAAGACACUUCAAAAUUAAGGAUCGUGUUUGACGCGUCGGCGCACGCCCCUGGUAUGCCUUCGUUAAAUGACGUACUUUUGCAAGGCGAAAAUUUAGUGCCGUUUCUUUUACGAAUUUUAAUGAACUUUCGUGUCGGACGAGUUGCAUUUACAGCCGAUAUCGAGAAAGCUUUCUUGCAAAUCGCUAUAGCAGAACGCGAUCGUAAUUCUCACAGUUUUUUGUGGUAUAGCGUUCCUAUUGAUGACGUCAAUAAUCUUCCACGAAUAUCAAAAUACCGAAUGAAACGUGUAACGUUUGGGAUUAAGUGCAGUCCCUUCUUGCUGGCGGUUACACUUAAGAAACUUUUACAAUCGCAGCCGGAAAAUCUAGCAGACACUUGCGAAAUUCUGAGGUCUUCAUUCUAUGUGGAUGACUUGGUAGUAGCAGUUGAUAACGUAACUCAAGCCAAACGUAUUUACCAAGAGUCUAAAGAAAUUUUAGCUAAGGCUAAUAUGAAUUUACGUAAGUGGAACAGCAAUAACGUUUCGCUCAGAAAAUUGAUGAAAUGCGAGGAAAACGUUAAUGCCAAGAAAGUACUUGGAAUUUUAUGGUACCAUAUCGAUGACGAGUUAGCAGUAGAUAUAACUUCAAUUUUAAAUGAAAUCGAUAAUAAAUCUAUAACGAAACGUGGGGUGCUACAAAUAGUAUCGAAAAUUUAUGAUCCACUUGGCUUUAUGAGUCCCUUUUUGGUAAGAGCAAAGAUAUUGCUCCAAGAAAUUUGGAAACUUAAGGUCGACUGGGAUUCAACCACACCUGAUAAUAUCACCAAUGAAUGGUUGAGAUGGUGUUUUGAACUGAAAUCUUUGAAACAUUUUUCGUUUACCAGAUGUGCACUCGAAGACAGAAACUCCGAAGUUUCACUUCACAUUUUUGCGGACGCGAGCCCAAAGGCGUAUGGAGCAGUGGCGUAUCUCAGAGUAGUUAACGAAAACGAAGUCGAAUGUAACUUUAUCAUGUCUAAGGGUAGAGUAGCUCCAAUUGACAAAAAGGGAGAUAAGAGCUUAACGUUACCAAAACUGGAACUCACCGCGGCAGUCUGUGCAACUCGACUUCAGAAAUUUAUACUUGAAAAUAUUGACGUUAAAUUUCAUUCCUGCACUUUGUGGACAGAUUCGAAAAUAACGAUAUAUUGGAUCAUGGGCAAAGCUGACAGGUGGAAACCGUAUGUUCGCAGUCGUGUAACUGAAAUUAAGAAGAACUCAGUUGGAGUAUGGCGCCAUUGUCCAGGGGCAGAGAAUCCAGCAGAUUUACUAACGAGGGGUGUAACAUCUAAAGGUCUUAUGACAUCGGAAGUUUGGAAACAUGGACCUAAUUGGCUGAAAUUUAAACCAGAAGAAUGGCCUGAAGAAGAUAUCGCGAUAGGAUCUGAAGCAUCUGUUUUGCUAGUACAAGGAGAAGAAGUAAUCCAGAAUAACGAACCAAUCUUCAAACUUGAGAGAUUUAGUAGUUUGGAGAAAAUCUUUCGCAUUACCGCUUAUGUUAAAAGAUAUUACCAUAAUCUAAGAAAUAAAAAGAACAAAAGAACUGGAAGCUUGAAGGCUCAAGAGUUAAAGGAGGCUGAAAGAUAUUGGAUAAAGGUAACUCAAGGACAGCAUUUUUCAAGUGAAAUAGCUGACCUAAGGCGAGGUAAAAAAAUUGAACCCUCUUCUCGAGUUUUAACGCUAAGUCCCUUUCUUGAUGAAGACGAUAUAAUGAGAUUAGGAGGCCGUUUACAGGAAAGCUCCUUACCGUACCAAACGAAAUAUCCUGUGGUGUUACCUAAAACGUCAUUUCUAACGGAUAAACUUAUUUCGAACUCUCAUGUUUCCACAAUGCAUGGUGGAGUAAACGUGACGAUGGUACAUAUAAGAAAACGAUUUUGGAUUUUACAAUGCAGGCAAAGAGUAAAAUCUAUACUGAGCAAAUGCAUAAUUUGCAAGAGAUUACGAGCAAAACCUGGCAAUGAACCUUUUGCACCCUUACCAAGAAGUAGGGUGUCUUCAGCAGAACCAUUUAAGGUAACGGGCCUAGAUUUCGCUGGACCUCUAUACAUUAUCAACGAAUCGAGGCGGCAAAAGGCUUACAUCAUGCUGUUAACGUGUGCUGUGGUACGUGCCGUACAUCUUGAAAUAGUUCCUAAUCUAACAGCAGAGAGCUGUAUUAACGCAUUUAGACGGUUCAUUUCAAGAAGGGGAGUUCCGGAUAUCAUUUAUUCCGACAACGCGAAAACAUUUAAGAGAACAGCUUUAGAAUUGAAAGAAUUAUACAAAAUAAUUUGCACCGAUAAAUUUCAAAAUUUUGUCACAGGACGUCGCAUUGAAUGGAGAUUUAUUGUGGAGCGCGCCGCGUGGUGGGGCGGAUUUUGGGAACGGAUGGUCAAAACUAAAUUGAAGCUACGGUGA